AUGAUCCCGAUAAUUAACGCCCACCGGUUACCUGCACCUGCACAGCGCGGUAACCAGCCCGCCAGCCCCUGCCCCAUCAUCGUACGAUUUUCUCGCAUGGCUGACAGAGACCGCUUAUUGCAAGCUUUCGAACAGCCUCGGCGUCUUCCGGGAAAUCAACACCCUGCCUUACCUGGCCAGUCAGCCCAGCCCGCCCAUCCCGGCCAGUUAGUCCAGCCCGCCCGGCCAGGCGAGGCCUCCCAGCCCGGUCAGUCAGCCCAGCCCGGACAAGCCGCCCAGCCCGGAAGGCCCGCCCGACCCGGACAGCCCGCCGUACCCGCCCAACCCGGACAGCCCGCCGUUCCCGCCCAACCCGGACAGCCCGCCGUACCCGCCCAGCCCAGACAGCCUGGACAGCACGGCCAAUCCGGACAGCCCGGACAGCCCGCCCAACAGAGCUACGUCGAGGUGGCAUCGGAAUCUUUGCCCAACGCCAAUCAACGCUUCAAUCGGGUGACUAUCCGUACUGAUUUACCUGCUAAAAUGAAAAAAGAAAGAGGCCGAUUAGCUUCAUUGGCAUACAAACUCCGCCAUGAAAAGAAACUAGCAACGAGAAUAAGACAGAUUGGAACCAAGAUAUUCUUACAAACUAGGCAAGGCACGGCAAAUAGCAGUGUUCAGCCAAAUUGGGUGAACUGGACUGAAUAG